CAUACCCAAAUGGAUCCAAAACCCGUAACUCAACCUGACACUGAUGUUAUUAAAGCCAUGUGGAUAGCGGUGGCUGACAUUACACAGCCGAUUUGUAUACCAUUGGAGGCAGCAAUUGUCGGGACAGAAAUGGAUUUAUAUGUAUAUCGGAAGGAUAUCGUCGAGCUCUUACAAAAGCAAGAACUUUGUGUAUCUAUAGUGCAAGUUUUUAACAU